UUUUUUUUUUUUUUUUUUCUCGUAACUUCAGGCCUCAGUGACUUCUUGAAACGGGAAUUGUCAGAUUCAAAUCCAUUAGGACUUCAGCCUAUAGAUUUCAUACCCGCAGCUCCCCAGAGGCUGGCAGAUGAAAGGAAUGAUAAGGAGAUUUCUGUGGUUAUUGCAGCAUCAGAUGAGAGGCUUGGGGGUGCAAUUGCAGCCAUGAACAGUAUUUACCGUCACACCAGAUCCAAUGUGGUUUUCCAUAUUGUUACUAUGAAUGAUACUGUGGAUCACUUGAGGCUGUGGCUAAGUAACACUGCUCUGAAAAAUUUGAGAUACCGAAUUUUGGAUUUUGACCCUCGUGUCUUAGAAGGGAAAGUACAAGUGGAUCCUCAAAAGGCAGACACCUUAAAACCAUUAACCUUUGCGAGAUUCUACUUGCCCAAUUUGGUACCUCAUGCGGAGAAGGCCAUCUAUGUGGAUGAUGACAUAAUAGUGCAAGAUGAUAUUCUUGAACUUUACAACACUCCAUUGAAACCUGGACAUGCAGCUGCAUUUUCAGAUGAUUGUGACUCAACCACUAAUAAAGUUGCUGUCCGUGGAGCAGGCAAUCAGUAUAAUUACAUUGGGUUUCUAGAUUACAAAAAAGAAACCAUCCGAAAGCUUGCCAUGAAAGCCAACACCUGCUCUUUCAAUCCAGGAGUUUUUGUUGCCAAUUUGACAGAAUGGAAAUUACAGAACAUCACUAAGCAAUUGGAGAAGUGGAUGGCGCUUAAUGUAGUAGAGGAACUUUACAGUAGGACUCUGGCUGGCAGCAUCACGACACCUCCACUGCUAAUUGUAUUUUACAAGCAACAUUCCAGUAUUGAUCCCAUGUGGAAUGUCCGGCAUCUCGGGUCUAGUGCUGGAAAAAGGUACUCUCCUCAGUUUGUGAAAGCUGCCAAGCUGCUCCAUUGGAAUGGACAUUUCAAACCAUGGGGAAGAACAGCUUCAUACGCUGAAGUCUGGGAGAAGUGGUAUAUCCCUGACCCUACAGGCAAGUUCAGCCUGAUCCGCAGACAUUCAGAAGCCUAUGAAGCAAAGUAGAGUCAAUUUUAAUAACUGAUGGCAUUUUCUCAGGAAACGUCUGGAGCCAAGCAGAACUUUUUUU